AUGAGUACGUUGCAAGCCGUGAUCCUCUUCAAAAUCACUCCUUUCUGCCAGAUCGGCUCGCCCAACAACAGCACAUACAGCAUGACGGCCCCAAAAUCGCGCCCGUCCAACUUCGCAGCCUCAACAUCGGCGACCCCAGCCCCGCCUUCCGUCGCCGAGACACUCUCCUUUCAUGCAGCACCGAAACCGUUCAAAUCCGCCGAAUUUGUGGCGCGGAUGAGCAAGAUCUCCUCCAACUUGUCGCGGAGGAACAAGAGUCUCAAGCAGAUGCUGCAGAGCGAGCGCGAGGCGGCAAUGCGUGCGGCAGGGCAGAAGUUCAAGGAGAGAAAGAGGAAGGAGGAUAAGAGUAAGGGGAGGUUGGUCGGGGCUGCGCUGUUGGCUGCGACGAGGAGAGAGGAGAGGGAGAAGAAGGAGAGGGAGAGGGUGAAGGAGGAGGGUGGCGAGGAAGAGGUGGAGGAAGAGGUCAAGGAGGAGGCGAAGGAGGAAGGCAAGGAGGAGACGGAGGAGAAGGUGGAAGAGGAGAGGGAUCCAAAUACACCAAAGAGGGAUCUUCCGACUUAUUCCUCUGUCGAGGCACCACCGAGCUUGCGACCAGCGAAAAAGUACUGCGACGUGACAGGCCUCAUUGCACCGUACACGGAUCCCAAGUCGGGUCUGCGGUACCACUCGGUCGAAGUGUACGAGAUCAUCAAGCAGUUUGGGCCUGGUGUAGGCGACGCCUACCUCUCGCUGCGCGGCGACGGUUCUCAGAUCAAAUAA